AUGGCUACCACUCACUGGAAAAUCAUCACGGCCGCCAUAGCCGAUGACCCCAUCCUCCUGCGAAACAGCGUCAUAGCCAAGACCCAAGAUUUGGCGGCGAUAGUGCAAAUGGAGCCCGGCUGGACGUAUUGCUACUACGAUGUCAUCGACCCCGGUCCGUUGCCGCGCGUCAUCGUCUUCAGACCGCCGCGGGGGGAACCGCGAUUCGGGACCGUACGGGUCGUCAACGGCGACCAGACGUCGGUCCUGUGGGACGUGUUUUCGGAACCGGAUCUGUCGGCCCGGAGUAUUUACAUGGGAUAUUUCCCACCUGCCUGCGUUUGCCAUCUGAAAGAUGUCGACACCAAACUUGUUACGUUCCCCGGUAUCCAAUAG